UCAAGAUGAGUGACCAACUUAAGUUCAUCGUUGAGAAGCUCAAUAAGGAGCCCUUUAAGAAGAACUUCAAUCUAAUCACCUUUGACUCCUUGGAGUCCACGCAGCUGCUACAGUUACUCAGUGAUGUUCUGGGGGAGAUUGACACAAAGCAUGUUGUUGACAUUAGAGAAGAGUCGCCAGAGCAGACUGCUAAACGGAUGUUGAGCCUUCUCGGUAUUCUGAAAUAUAAACCUCCAGGAGGUACUAGUGACUUGAGCACGUUCCGCCAAGGCUUAGUUACUGGAAGCAAGCCUGUGAUUCAUCCUGUCUUGCAUUGGCUCCUUCAGCGGACAAACGAGCUCAAGAAAAGAGCCUAUCUGGCACGCUUCCUAAUCAGAGUGGAUGUGCCAAUGGAGUUCCUUCAGGAUGAUACAGUGGCUGAUACUAACAGACAGUAUGAAGAGCUGGUGGAAGCCUUCAAAAACCUCCAUAAGGAAUGUGAACAGCUCAAGACGUCUGGUUUCUCAACUGCAGAAAUACGAAGGGAUAUCACUGCCAUGGAGGAAGAGAAGGAUCAACUGCUCAAAAGAGUGGAGCGUCUUAAGAAGCGGGUGGAGACGGUGCAAAAUCACCAGCGGAUGCUUGAGGUAGCGAGGCAGCUGCGAGUAGAGAAAGAGAGAGAAGAAUCUCUUGCCCAGCAGAAGCAGGAGCAGAAAAACCAGCUUUUUCAUGCAGAGCAGAGGCUGCAGAGAGUCCAACUCCAGCUCAAGGAUAUGCGUCAUGCAGCUGUAGAUUCCAAGCCAGAAAGCUUAAUGAAGAGACUGGAAGAGGAGACAAAGUUCAAUUCGUACUUGGUGUCUGAAAAAUUUCCUAAAGAGCUGGAAACAAAGAAACAGUUAUUGCACCUCUUGCAAAAAGUGGUUGCGGAGCCAGCGAUGGGCCAGUCUGAUCUCAACGAACUUGAAACCAAAAUCAGUGAGGUCAAUGCACAAAUCAAUCAGCUGAUUGAGAAGAGGAUGAUGAAGUAUGAACCAAUCGAUAGCAAAUUUUCAAUGUACCGGCAGCAGGCCUCCAUCAUUUCCCGGAAGAAAGCAGCCAAGGCAGAAGAGAUUCAGGCUGCCAAGGAGGAGAUGGCAAAUUUAGAGAGGCAAAUGUUGCAAAAAUCAAACCAAGCUCAGGAGAUGAGUGGCACGGAAGUCUUGAAAGGCGACGAGUUUAAGCGCUAUGUUAACAAGCUCCGUAGCAAAAACACACUCUACAAAAAGAAGCGCCUGGAAAUAGCGGAAAUUACUGCCGAGUAUGGGAUACUGCAGAGGACAGAAGAGCUCCUCCGGCAGCGGCAUGAGGACAUCCAGCAGCAGUUGCAAGCCAUUGAGGCCAAGAAGGGCAUCUCCGGAUACAGCUACACGCAGGAGGAGCUGGAGAGAGUGUCGGCAGUCAAGAGCGAAAUGGAUGAAAUGAAGGGGCGCACUCUGGAUAGCAUAUCCGAAAUGGUGAAAAAGCUGAUCACUCUGGUGGCAGAUAAGAAGUCCAGCCUCGCUCCCAUUAUCAAAGAUUUGAGACAGUUGCGACAGAAGUGCCAGGAAUUAACUCAAGAAUGUGAAGAGAAAAGAACCCAGUAUGACAGCUGUGCAGCAGGGUUGGAGAGCAGCCGUUCUGCCCUGGCACAGGAGGUGAAAGUUCUUCAUGAGGAGUGUGGGCAGGAGGAAAGCCGUUACCAUCAUAUCAACUGCAUGAAAAUGAUUCUGGAAAUACAGCUCCAGCGUGCCAAAGACGAGAUGAAGAUGUACGUAUCGCCAGAUCCUCAGGAGAGAAGAAAGGCGAUUAGGGAACAAUAUUCCCGGAUGAUCACCGAACAAGAAAACUUGGGAAAGAAACUGCGAGAGAAGCAAAAAGCUGUCCGGGAGAGCCACGGCCCAAAUAUGAAGCAAGUGAAAAUGUGGCGGGAUUUCGAGCUGCUGAUGGAGUGCAAGAAGGAGUGUUUCCUCAGGCAACAGAACCAGGUCUCCAUCGGCCAGGUCAUUCAGGAAGGAGGAGAAGACCGGCUGGUGUUAUGAACGCCGGCUGCCCCUG